AAUAUCCAUAUAUUGCUGCCUUAAAGUAAAAUAACUAUUCAUAAUACUGCCAUUGGAACACCCAAUUGUUUAUAGGCAACCUAUUGGUCUUGGUGAGUCAUGGAAGAACCAAGACAAGAAGCUAGUGAACCUUGGUUGGGUUUGUGUACACCCUUUGUAUGCCUUAAUCGAAGGGAGAGACGUAGCGACGACGACAGCGUUAGAAGCAGUAGCAUACCUAUGAUGGCUAGAAACUCGCACGAAAAUGAUUAUUUAGAAAUGCUGGGUAACGUAUACGAAGGGCUUUUUAGUCUAGAUAGGCAAAUAACUCUUUUCAAAUCAAGAGAAAUUUUCAUCAGAGGAUGUCUAACGGACGGAGAACAAUUCAUUUUUCACAUCAUCGCAAAGGGUAUUAAAAACCCAGAAGAAAUGGUGGAACAAAUCGCACAAGAUAAUAAUAUAGGUGUAGAUUGCCUUAAUGAUAUACUGUCUGGAUUAAAGCUACCGGCAGAUGCCAAGGUGGAAGAUAGCGUAAAAGUCAUCACGUACCAUUUCAUCAACAAGCUAAGUGCAAUACAACAUGACUUAGAAGAUGCGCUAAGAGAUUAUGAUGCGUUCCAUACAGCGACAGUAGACAUAUACGAAAGCAUGCGUAAGCGCUUCUUCGAUCUUACAUUGGGCAGGGAUAAAACAGAAAAUGGUAUAGAUUUUUCAGUUUCUAAGAAGGAUUUUUUGUACAUAACCAACUCAAAAGAUGAAUCCAUGGUCGAUAUUAUAUUCAGUUUACUAGAUGACGGAGGAAUGGAAGUUAUAGAUUGGGGUUCUUUCGAGCUCAACAGCGGAAGAAUAUUAAAAGAUGCAAAGGAAUUUGUUAAAUUAUCGCAGGCACCCGUGGAAGACUAAAC